UCACUUGAUAGUUGAUCGAAAUUUACCGCGAAAUUGUUCUUAAAUGAAGUUACGUGCUUUUAAGUUUACCUAGUAAGCUAAAAUUAAUGAAAGUGAUUUGGAACGUUUGGAGAAUCGGAAAAUUUCUGUGAACUGACCUUCUUCGCCGUUCAGUUGCAACUGUAGUUCUAGCUUCAAGUUUCGAGUUGGCAUGUGUGUCGUAAGCUGCACGAUCGGAUUCGACGUUUAAACAACUCCUAAACUCCGGAUUGAAAGGAAGUUUUCGCGAUCACGGGAAUAACAGCGUGGGAUAGCAGGUGUUUAUUUAGUGAUGUUUUCAUAAUGUUACAGUAGCACAUCCCUAAAAUUAGUAAAGCCACAAAGGGACCUUUUAAAUAAACCCGUCUGUAAAAGGAACAAGAAGGCACAUGGCGGAAACAUCUUGCAAUAACAGGGAUAUAAAUUCAAAGAGAGAGGAUUAUUUGGAGUGGAAUGAAUACUUUAUGGCCACUGCUUUUCUUGCUGCGAAACGUAGUAAGGAUCCUUGUUCCCAAGUUGGUGCAUGUAUAGUAAAUAAGGAGAAGAAAAUAGUGGGUAUUGGAUACAAUGGAAUGCCAUCUGGUUGCAGUGAUGAUCAAUACCCGUGGAAUAAAACAAGUUCUAAUAAACUGGAAACAAAAUAUUUUUAUGUUUGUCAUGCCGAAAUGAAUGCAAUAUUGAACAAAAAUUCUGCAGAUGUGAAAGACUGUUCUAUGUAUGUUGCUCUGUUCCCAUGCAAUGAAUGUGCAAAGAUAAUAAUUCAGUCUGGCAUUCGAGAAGUCAUUUAUAUGUCUGACAAGAAUUCCCAUAAGCUGGAAACCAUUGCUUCCAAACGAAUGUUUGACUCUUCUGGUGUCAAGUACUGGCAGUAUGUUCCAAAGCGCAAACAUAUUGUUAUAGAUUUCACAGAAAUCAACUGGAAUGAAAUGACACAGUGUCCGCCAUCUCCACACAAAGAUGCUGAAUUGCACGAAGAGAUAAAACUUGACCAAAUGAUCUUGACACAGAAUCAUCUAUGAUAUGGUUCCAGAUUGUGUGUGUGUGUGUGUGUGUGUGUGUGCGCGUGUGUGCUGAGAGCUCACCAGUAACAAAAUCUGUGAUUUACAUGUAUAAGU